ACCAUGCAAUACAACAAAGGUUCUAGCAGUGGUGGUGGUUCGGCAGCGACGGGGCGGCACCCGGUUUAUAAAGGAGUAAGACGUCGGGCUAAUGGGAAAUGGGUGUCUGAAAUUAGAGAGCCAAGGAAACCUACUAGAAUUUGGCUUGGUACAUUUCCUACACCUGAAAUGGCUGCCAUUGCUUAUGAUGUAGCCGCACUUGCUUUAAAAGGUCGACAUGCAGAGCUUAAUUUUCCGAAUUCGGCUGCUUCUUUACCGGUUCCUGCAUCGACUUCCCCGACUGAUAUCCAAGCCGCUGCUACCUCGGCGGCGACCGCUUUAGGGGCUGCGAAUGAUGCUUUAGUCGGGAGCAACAGUCCGGUAUCAGCGGAGAGACCGAGUACCGGGAAUGAUUUUGUCGAUGAAGAUAUGAUAUUCGAUAUGCCUAAUGUUCUUGUCAAUAUGGCUGAAGGGAUGCUUCUUAGUCCUCCUCGUUUCGAUCAUCCACCGCCGGCCGAUGAGUCCGGUGACUCCGAGAACCUAUGGAAAUUCCCUUAACACAAUAUCAAAAAUAAAAACAACAAUAAAAGUAAUAUGAAAGCAAUAAACUCUCCUCAAUAUUAUGAAUUUAAGCCAUGAAAAUAAAAAAUAUAUGAAAGAUGAGCAUAUCAGCAGGCACUGUUCAAAUAUAUGAUAGUGUUCUAGGCAUGAAGUAGACCACAAAUGCGGUAUUUUGAGUGUUUUCUUAGUGGCUUUAAUUUGUUUGCAACUUUGAGAUUUGGUUUUUCUUUUUUAGUGGAAAAUUUCCAUUUAUGGGAUUUUUCCAUUUGUCUUUUUAAGUACUGUGAUAA